CGGCACGCGUUUGAAUCAAUAAAUUCGAAGCUGCUCGUAAUAGAAUUCUGUUUUUAUUAAAAAGGCUACUCUGAGCACAACUGUCAACGGUGCCGGUACCCUAAACCGAUAACUCCACAAACAUUGGGGGGGAGAGAGUUGGUCCCCUCAGCCGGGAAAGUUUGAAACCCACACGAGGCAAUAAGCAGCAUCAGCCGUGUGUACUACAAUAGUACGCUGCAAAGACUCGACUUGACCCGGGACCCGAUUGGACCUGACCUCAAGCAGGUCUCGAAGCGCAGGUCGCAGUCACAGUCGGGGAAUCUUUUAAUCAGGCAAGAUCUUAUCAUCUAUUCAGGAACUUCGAUUGUGUGAGAGAGCAAGAGUGCACACAAAACAAAGACCCGGAUCAGCAAAACAACAAACGCCCAACAGCAAGCCCGCAGCACAGCCCUCAGAAGCAACCACCAAGACACAACAACAGCACAACAACCAAGAUGUCCAUAGCAGAAUCCCUCAUUGAUUUCUCUGCCCGCCGCUUCAGCGGGGAAAUCUGCCUCAAACCACAAGUGGGAGACGACCUCAGCAAAGUCUACGGCCGCGCUGCCAUCAACACAAUCUGGAAGAAGUGGGCCACAGCACGCAUUGCACAAAAGAAACCCCAUGUCGGCAUCGUGGUUGGAUACACUGAGGAUUCCCUGAACAGCAUUGACAGCACCGAACAUGAGUUCUUCGAAGAUCCAGUUGUGAGGGUCAAUGGAGAGCUCAAUUCUUCUAAUGAAGAUUUGAGUGACGAGGAGGCGAUUGAGACAUUGAAGUCUCUGUUCUGCACUCUGGCAAAGGCCCUCAAGCAGACCCAGGCCGAAUUCAAGUUCUAUGGAGGCGAUGAUUGGUACUCAUGCCAAUACAACAUCUCCCACUCCAAGAGGGGAUGAGCGAUGACGUCAGAGCAAAAAGGGCCCCACACUAAGAUACAUGGGACAACAUGGGAAGAGUGCCGACCUGCAGCCACAACUCAUGGCUUCAGUAUAGAAUUAGAACAAAUAGA